GCAAACCGAUUUCUGGCAUCUUUUUAUCAGUUUUUUUUCCGAAAAACUCGGCCCAGGAAGUUUUUUGUUUCGACUUUUCUAGUCGACAAAAACUAGUUUAACUACAGCAUAUUUUUUGGUUACACCAUGAUUUUGUUACCAGUGAACUGUAAUCAGUGUUCAGUUAUUGCUCGCCUCUUCAUCUGCAAGAGGUUCUUCGCAGUCUGGGUUCGUUAAGCUGUUAUACCUGAAUGUUUUCUUGUUAUUAAGAGACCGUCGAGUUUUCCGUUUGAUUUCGAUAAAACAUUGAUGCCGAAACUUGAAAACGUUCUAGUUGAACUGUACUUGAUCUCCUAUCUAUUACUUUUAUGCUCGGGAGAACCGUCCCAGAGGUAUGCGUUGUUAUUGAAUGAACGCUAAUUCCUGGAGACUGUCAUUUACGCUGAUUGCUAUAACCGCUCGCACGUAUAAUCGCGAACUCGGAGAACCAUAACGAAGAACUGGAAGUGGAAUUUUAAGAUAUCUUUCAAUACUAGUAGAUCAUCCUGAAAUUGGUACAACUUGAUUGCUGUUCAAAAAUCCUGACACAGAGUCGAAACUUUACGGAAAACGCCAGCAUACCAUUAUCCAGAAUGCCACUAAUUCGCAAAAUGAGCGGAGAUACUGCGUUGAGCCAGAUAAAUACGAAUGGAAAAGUACUGCCUGCGAUUGGAAACAGAGCGCGCAACUUCCAUCGUUUAUGCAUCCUCAGUGACUGUCAAGAUGGCUGGAAGCACAUCCCUCGGAGUCUCAUGUGGGCCACGGACCGACCCUUUCCGCCGGCCACGACCGAACAGCGAAAGUUCCCGUGAUGAGGACAUGUUUGGAGAGAACCGUAGAAGUGACGAACUAAGCGCACUUGAUGAUUUACUGCCAGCAACAAGCACUGGCAGGGCUAGAGACGCAAGUCUGGAAGAUAGUUUCAGUCUGACGGGGCAUGAGUCGGAUACGGUUGAAGCAGCUGCGGAAAGUUUCAGACCUGGCAGCUUGCUUGGAAAACGUCAGCACCUCGAUGAAGAGGACUUGUUACCCGUUCGAUGAAGAGGACUUGUUACAUGAAGAGAAUCUGGAAUCGCCGGAGCCCAAAAAAAGCCGCAGAAGUCCUUUGUUUUCUCAUCGCGCUCGUAACCGUUUGUUAGGCCCUCCGAAAACCGACAUUGAGAUUUUAGGUUCGCCACAGAAAGGGUACCACAGUGGUGUUCGUCAGCGGUCGAUGUCCAUCUCAGACAGUGAUAUUACCGAAUUAAUGUCACCGCGCGAGAGAUGUCCAAGCGUUCUUGAAGAAAGUGAAUCGGGUGUCGAAGCUGAUAACACUGUCGCGCUAAUUGAUGAUAACGAUCAACCGAAAUUACGGAAAUUUCGAGAGUGGAAGUACUAUGAAGUUCCCGCACGCAUCGACGAUCGCUGGGAUUUUUGUGACGGCUUGCUGCAUGAAAAUUUUGCCGAAUCCACGCCAUUCAUCAACCGUAGCGCACCGUUCGGCUUCCGGAGCAUUGGUGUAUUUCUGGUUGCAAUGAAACCAUUAGAUUCGCACACAACACUUCGUUUGGAAUCUGGGUGCCGGUGGUAUCAAUACGGUCAUAAAAUCACGCCCCGUUCCACAGAAGUUUGGUCAUACAAGAACGAAGACUGCCCUGUUUUCAAGAAACGAAUAUAUAUUCCAAAAGAUGGGCCAAACCUGGGAAUAGCGGCCAUAGAAUACCGCUGGGCACGUGGACAAAAGUCGGUUAAGCCGUACGAAUUCAUUGUCAAACCGAGCAAGCGAGGGGAAGAAAAAACAGCCUUUCAGCCAAAUGCUGUUCUAGCAAAGCCACUCGUCAAAGAGCAUUUCGAUGAAAAUCCGAAUCUGAAUGACAUUGAAAUGUUGGCGGCAAUUCAAGAACAAUCCGCGGAGAAGACUUGUAAUGUUUUUACUGUGCCACAUAACAGAAGGCAAAUCGCGAAUGUGAAGGCAAGAGAGAGAAAAUUAGCUGCUGAAACAACUUUGAUGGACUUGUUACUGGAGCAGAACGUAACCAUUUUGCAUGCGGACAUAAAGGAAAAGGGGGAAAAGAAUGCUCUGGUUCUUGUGGCAAUCCCAACUCAGUCUGCCAUGUUUGCAAAAUUUUGUUUUGAGCCAACAGCUUCCGGUUUACCAGAAUCCGCCUUGUUCUUUGACGUGCUUUACACUGUGGCAGGGAAAUAUCUGCUGGUUACCUGUCUGCGGCAUCCUGGUUUAACGCGUACCAACUAUGCAAGCAGAAGUGACAACUUGAUUGAUGAUGCGUCUUUGGGAGUCAGCGACAGAGCGGUAAUGAUAGGACCUUGCGUUUUGAUGACCGGUCAAUCAAAACAGGAAUUUGCGAAGGCCUGGAUGCUGAUCUUUGACAACCUUCAAAGUAGCUGCAAAAGUUCAUGGAAGUCACCCGCAGUCUGGGCUCCUGUCUUUGUUUCCGAUGAACAAUCAGCCCUGUACGAGGCGGCACUGGACAUCAUACCCCAAGCAAAGCACCUGCUGUGUGUGCUGCAUGUUAAGGAAAACUUGAAGAGGCUCCUCGCAAACGAAUUUUCUUACUGUGCCGAAGAUGAUCUGCAACAGACCGUUAACGAUAUUUUCGGCGUUGUGCGGCCGAACCAGAAUACCUUUAUUAAAGGCCUCAUUGAUGCUGCGUCCACCCGCGAAUUUUACGAACAACUUGCCGUUCUGAAACACGUCUGGGAAGCGCGGCACCCAGGAUUUACCGACCGAUACUUUGACCCAGAUGUCCAAAACAAGUACAUCCAUAAGCUCAUACUGGAAGCACGCGAGCCAGCUGGAUUCGGAGAUAGGCUGUGUCAAAAUAACGCGACCGAAACAGCCAAUUCUAUGGUGCGAAAAAAGCUGGAAUUAAAGCCAAAGCGAACGCUGACUGAUCUGGAAACUGUGCGUGACCUGAAACGAUUAUUUUUCCACCAAGAACGGCAAAUGGCGGAAAGCAUUGUCGGGCGUGGUGAAUUGCGUCGCAAAAACGUUCAUGCAACAGCGUGCACGACAGCAGUACUAUUCCAACCUGAUCCUCUGAAAAAAGCGUACAUCGACAUUUUUGGAAUCGUUCCGGAUAAUGAUUUGCUGCAGCAUUUGAAACCUGAAACUUCGAAUGCUUAUGCAGCAUCGAAUCGUGGGAUUGAAUUUCCUAUCAGUUUCGUCGAAGCAAACUUGGCAGACGAAUAUCGUUUGGACUGGAACGCUGCGCGCAACAUCCUUCAGCAGCAACGUAUCCGGGAAAAGACAAAGACGAAAGUUCAGAGAAACAAUUGUGUUGAUUACGCUAUCGAUGAGCCAAGAGAUCGCGUGGAAAGGAUUGUAACCUGGACGACCGGAACAUGUGAAGUUGAUUGCCGAUGUGACCGCUUUAUGACAAAAGGCAUCUGCUGUCAUUCGAUUGCAGUUGCCGCUUUUGCGGAUAGCCUGCCGAAUUAUUUGGAGAAAUUCCAUAGCAGAAAGAAACUGUAUCGCAAAAUAGUUCGCCCCACUUCAAAAGAAAGCGGACGCAAACCAAAAGGAACACGGCGUAAAGUAAUCGACCGAAAAGCAGCUGAAGGUGCAACAAUCCGCAAAGGUCGAGAAGAAGUACCAUCUGCGAUUGCUGGUUUAAGCGGCUUAGCGUAUGCAUCGGGCGCGGAACAGCAAACCACGUCCCAACAGAAAGGAAACAAAUUCCCGUGGGAAUUAAACGUCGGUCCUUUCAAGGUCUGCAGUUUGAAAGGUGGCGGGGGUUUGCGAUCGUACGCUAGUUACCACUGCUGUGGCUGCCGCACACCGUUUUCGCAGCAAACGCCGGAUCUCGAUCUAAUUCUUGUGAGGACCGAGCCAAAUUACGACAAAGGAAAAACCGCUGUUAUGCCACCGCGAGACUGUGCGUACCAUCUGAAUAUUGGAUGUGUUCGACGUCGGCAUCCAGACCUCAGCCUAGAAAGCCAGAGAUUUGGAGAGGGAGUGAGAAGAGAAAUUGCGUUAACGGAACAGCAGAAGAAAUUGCUUCUGAAUUUCAUGGAAAGCAUUCCCUCCACUGUGCCAUUUCGUACUAGCGUCUAAUUUGUUGUCGAAUGAUUGAUUCUGAUUUCUGAACAAGCACUUGUAUUUGCUUAACUGGUGUUGCAAAAUUUUGGUUUUUCCAUCUGGAUUGCUAAUUUACUUAGUAUUUAUUUCUUCUUGAAUUUGUGUCAUU